AAUACUAUUGAAUUAUUCUUUUAUAGAAAUAUGCAUUUAAAAUGCAUUUAUAAGUUAGAAAAUCUUUUGCAGAAUAGAGGCCCACUUGCCGAUUGAUUACGUCACUUCCAGGCGUGGUACACUAUAGUGUGUGAUGUGCGUGUGUUACUGAAAAUGGCCGUGUACGUGCGGGUCUGUCUAGUUUACUGAUUCCACACACGAUAGUUUGCACAUUCUUUUUAAUAUUUGGAUUUAAACAGUGAAUUUUUCGAUGAUAUGUGUAAUUAGUGCGAACAUGUAAUUUAAAGAUUUUAACUAGUUAUCGAUAAUAUAAAUUGAAACGAAGUGUGCCCAUUUCAUGAACGAUGGAUCAUUAAAAGAGAAGCUUUAUAUAUAUAUUGCAACUAAGAAUAAAAAAUUAUUAAUAAUGGGUUGCAUUUCUUUAUAUUUGCAUUAUUAUUUAUUUAAACAACUUUGUUGAUUAGUGAAUAUUGACUAUAUAUUAUCAAGAUGUGGGAGAGAUUUCAUAUAAUUCCCUAUUAUAAAAUGGGGAUGUAAAUUAAGUAUAUUUUUUAAAACAUUUUCUAUUUUAAAAGGAAAUGUUAAAAUAUAUUUAAAUAAUAAAAAAUAUGCAAAAAUAUAUAUAAAAGAAAGAUGAUUUAUGUAUUUUGUAAUAAUUUCAAAUAAGAAUGAAUUAUUUAAAAAUUGCUUAAAUUUAUAUUUAAAAUCAGUGUAAAAUACAUAUUUGUUGUUAAUAAUAAACAUUAUUGAGUUUUAUGACAUAAUGUAAUAGAAGUAUAUAUUUUACAUAUAAAUAUAUUGAGUAAGAAUUACAAAAAUGUCAUUCUUAUCGAAUUUAAAGAAAGCAUUCCACUUUGGUGGAAAUGAUGCUAAAAAAAAGAAAUUAUAUAAUAAUAUUAAAAUGGAUUGUAAUCCAGAAGAAUUCUGGGAAAUGAUAGGUGAGCUAGGAGAUGGAGCAUUUGGAAAAGUUUAUAAGGCACAACAUAGGCAAACUCAUCAACUUGCUGCUGCAAAAAUGUGUGCAUUGGAGGGAGAAGAUGAUCUCAGUGAUUUUAUGAUUGAAAUAGAUAUUUUAUCAGAAUGUAAACAUCCCAAUGUUGUUGAAUUACAUGAAGCAUAUUUUAUUGAAGGCAAAUUAUGGAUGUUAAUAGAAUAUUGUGAUGGUGGUGCUGUUGAUUCCAUAAUGGUUGAAUUAGCAAAAGCUUUGACAGAACCACAAAUAGCCUAUAUAUGUCAACAUAUGGCAAAAGGUCUUGCAUUUUUACAUAAAUCUAAAGUUAUUCACAGGGAUUUAAAAGCAGGAAAUGUUUUAUUAACAAUGGCAGGAGGAGUGAAAUUAGCUGACUUUGGAGUAUCUGCAAAAAAUAAGCAUACUUUACAGAAACAUGACACAUUUAUUGGGACACCAUAUUGGAUGGCUCCAGAAGUAGUGUUAUGUGAGACAUUUAGAGAUAAUCCUUAUGAUUUUAAAGUAGACAUUUGGUCACUUGGUAUUACUUUAAUAGAAUUCGCACAAAUGGAACCACCAAACCAUGAAAUGUCUCCAAUGCGUGUUCUUCUUAAAAUACAAAAAAGUGAUCCACCCAGACUUGAUCAACCUGGAAAAUGGAGUAAAGAUUUCAAUGACUUUAUUGCAAAAGCUCUUAUUAAGGAUCCAACAUCACGACCUACAGCUGAUGAAUUAUUGAAACAUCCAUUUAUAAAUCGUAAUUUGGAUUCAAAACCAAUCAGAGAUUUAUUAUUGGAAUAUAAAGCUGAUGUUGUUGAGGAGGAAUUAGUCGACGAAGAAACUGAGGAGCAACGCACGUCUCAGCUUCCUCUGGAGCUGGAUCAACUCGGAGAUGACUCUGCGUCUAUGCGCAGUGACGCUGAUGUUCAGAUUUCUGAAAAAGAAAAUCUUGUUGCAUCACCUGUGUCUGCAAAAAAAGAAGAAAGUCAUAAACGAGAAAUUAACAGAGAUGGUGAAAGAGAGGAUAGAAACAAGAAAUUACGUAAAGCGGAAUCAAAAGAUAAUAUAACCGUUUCUGUUGAGAAAAAACAACAAGCACCUAAACCUCCUAAUACAAACGAAACGAGCGAACGUAGAGUAUCUCGAGAAAAAGGUCCUGCGCCUCCUCCACCACUUAUGCGUCAAAAUAGUAAAAUUGAAGAUAAGGAAAAUAAUAUAAAAGUUGUCGAUAAACAAAGUAAUAAAGAAGUAUUAAACGAAUACAAGGUUAUUGAUAAGCAACAAAAAGAUAGAAAUGAAUCGUCGCAAUUAGAUCAGGAAAUGUUAGGCAGGGAACAGACAAAUGUAGAUACGCUUUGUGAAAAAACAAACGUAUUAUCUAGUUUAGAAAAAAUUAUAUUAGAAAGUAAUGAAAGAGAAAAGAAUAAGAUAGAUGAUGCAAACAAAAAUGAUAUUAAACAAAGAUUGAUAGAUGAUAAAUUGAAUUUAUCAUCGAGGACACAAUUAACAUUAGAGGAGAAGAGAAAGUCAGCACCGGUUAAAUUAGAAUUAAUCGAAGACUGGACGAAACCAGUAUUCAAUAAACAAUCAUCGUUGGAAGAAAAAAGCAGAAUCGAGAAGAAAGCACCAAUUGAUACACAAGUUAAAAGACAAUCUUCAUCGGAAGAAAAUUAUAAGAGUUUGCAAGAAAAACGAAAAUCUGUAGAGCAAAAAUUAAAUGCAGUUUUAGAGAAACGAUUUUCAAUGGAUACUGAAAUGCGAAUGAGUGUUUCUUCUAUGGAAGCAUUAUCUCAUCGAGAAGUUUUAACAGCAAGUACAUCCGAAAAAAAUAUCGUUAAGGCUUGUUCGAUCGAAGAUGUUAAAACGGAUUAUGGAACGUCUAAAACAGAAUCUGUUAUCAAAAGUCAUAGCGAAGGAUCUUCCAGAUACGUUUCAUUAGAAAAUUUUCCCGAUGAAUUUGACGGGAAACGGGAUAAGAAAUGGCCAAGUAAAGAACACAAUUAUGAGAAUGUGGUGAACAAUGGUGAUAGCGUAAACUGUGAGAAGAAAGGUUCUUCGGUGAAUGUAUCAGUAAUUACAUCAACUCCUAUUAAAAAUACUUCGAGAAGAGGUAGCGGAGAUAACGUAGUUGUCAUUACUGGUAAAUCCGAUCAAGAAAUACGUCCAAAUACAUCAACCGUCCGGAUUACAGCAGAUAGUCCAGAUUUAUCGAAUAGUCUUGCGAGCAAUGUUAGUCAAGUAACAGUGGUAACGACGCAUCCUCCGGUUCUUGUCGAUGCUAUGUCAUCAUUAGCAGCGACCCUUUCUUGUCGUCAACCUCCAACAUCGGAAGUUAUUAUCGUCGCGAAUGAAUUAAAUAAAACGCAAGUGAACGAAAGUUCAACCGAUGAUGAUGGAUUCCCAAGUUUAGAUAGUUUAGAAUACAUGCCUCAAGAGCAACCUAUAAUUCUUACCGACGUUUCUAAAAGAAUUGGUAAGAAGUUAGAUGAAUCCGAGGUUCUCAUUGUUAGUCCAAUCGUAGACGAAUUGCAAGAUACUAGUCACGUUUCCGUUGUUACCGUCGGUGAUGAUAAGGAACAAGUGAAAGAUUCCUCGAUACUUAAUAAACACGAAGCCGUACGAACUUCUUCUUCUCACAGUGAUACAAGUUUAAUCGAAAGAUCGAGUACAAAAAGCGACAGCGGCGAUGAAAUUACUAAAAUGAUAGUCGCUGGGACAACUAUAGAAUCCAUAGAUAUCGAUGAUGUGGAGAGAAAUUCGAAAAAGGUGAAUGGUCUGUUAAAAAAUGAUAAAUCUGCAAUUGUUGAUCGUAUAGAUGAGAAAGUUUUAAAAACGCUCAAACAGAAAGAAAUAAAUAAAGGAUACAAAGAGAAGAGAGUAUCCCCGGAUAGCUUUGAAGGAUCUAGAUCCCAAAGUGAAUCCGGUUCGACGAGAUCACACACGCCGAGUAAAAGUAUAGAUCGUUCCGAUGCCGAAUCCAUUUCAACCACGAUAAGCCAGGACAGUAGAGAAUCUAGUAAAGAGAAUCAUUUGAGUCAAGGGCAAUCUGGGGAAGUAGACGAGGAGGUAGUGUUGCGACGGAAGUCGGAUUAUAAUCGCGAAAUACAACGACCAACGAAAACAAAAGAGGAUAUUCAAAUGAUGAAUUUGAAGAAAAAAACGAGAAAAAGAACCAGAAAAUUUGAGAUUGAUGGUGUAGUGGUAACCACGACGACGUCGAAGGUAAUUUACGGCGAUGACGAAAACGGAAAAGUUUACGAUGAUCAAAUUUUUAGGAAGCAAGAGUUAAGGGAAUUAAAAAUGCUACAGAAAAUGGAACAGAAACAGUUUCAAGAUUUGUCGCAGAAGGCACAGUUCAACAAAGAUCAGCAAGACAAGCGUUUCGAGCAAGAGAGACAAUUGCUAGAGAGAAAUGCUGAAACUGAUUUGGAAACACUUGCUCGCCAACAAAGGCAGCAAAUCGAACGAGCAGAAGCGCAACAAGAGGCUGAUCUCAGGCUUGCUUCGAAAAAAAUACGUAGCGAACAAGAGAGGGAAUUGAAACAAUUUCGCGAAGGAUUGAAACAGGAGUUAAAACUACUUAAGCAAGAGGUGGACUUGAUGCCGAAAGAUAAGAGGAAGAGCGCGUUUAAGAUACGUAAAGAGAAAUUAGAGGCUGAACACGAAGAAAGAGAGAAACAUUUCUUAGAUAAGCUUAACGAAAGUCAUGAAUUAUUGUUGAGAAGAUUGUCCGAUAGUCAUCGCGAGAAAAUUGCUUUAAUGGAAAGACAAUUUUUGCAACAAAAGCAACAGCUAAUGAGAGCUCGGGAGGCAGCCAUUUGGGAGCAAGAAGAACGGCACAUACACGAGAAGCAACAAUUAUUAAAGAAACAAUUAAAGGACAUUUUCUUCUUGCAAAGACAUCAGAUGUUGAUACGCCAUGAAAAAGAAUUGGAACAGAUGAAGAGAAUGAAUCAACGGAAGGAAGAAGAAUUGAUUAAACGACAGACGGUGGAACGUAGAAAUUUACCUAAAAGAAUUCGCAACGAGAUGAAGGCACGCGAAAUGAUGUUUAGGGAAUCUAUGAGGAUUUCCAUGUCCUCUGUUAUCGCACCAGAUCCUGAUGCCGAGAGAGAAAAAUUAAAAAAAUUCCAAGAGAAUGAGAAAAAGCGGUAUAGAGCCGAGCAGCAAAGAUUCGAAUUAAAACAUUCGCGGCAAUUGGAAGAGGUAAGAGCGCAAAGUGAUGCCACUAUCAAAGAAUUGGAACAAUUACAGAAUGAAAAGAGGAAAAUGUUAAUGGAGCAUGAAACGCUGAAGCUAAAGGAAUUAGAAGAGGCGUAUGCUAAAGAGCUUCGCGAAUGGAAAGCGCAACUCAAGCCUCGAAAGCAGAAGUUAGAAGCUGUGCUGACGGCUGAAAUGGAAGCGUUGGAAGUUCGUUACCGAGACUAUUUGCCCUCGAGUCUUAGUGGUCUCUCUUCUCCCCUUUUAGAUUGUUCUUCUCUGUUUAAUUUUGAAAGUUGGAAGAAAUCUCCGCGUUUACCUCGCUCUACCCCAACAUCCCCUUCCCCGUUUACCAUUCCAAGGGUGUCGCUAAGAGUUGGUGGUUUGGACACCGGUUCCGUUAAUGGCAUGCCUUCACGAAGUCAAUCCAAACCAGAUCUAGUACCGUCUCCCUCAUCUCGUAGAUAGUAUUCCGAAGAUCCUCUUGUGUCUCCUCCCAAA